GCCAUGUUUAAAAAGAAAUAAAACAGCGUUGACACGGUACAGUGCGGCGGAGAGAGGCGCUGCCAUCACACGAUGGCGAGUUUCACUGUUAUAGUGGUUCUGUUGGGUUUAGCCUGUGGGAGUUAUGCUGAAUACACCAAGUUCCCUGAAGGGUUCACGUUCGGUGUAGCUACGGCUGCUCACCAGAUAGAAGGAGCAUGGAACGUCAGCGGAAAGUCUGAAAACGUCUGGGACCGAUUAACCCACACGCAACCAUGGAUGGUGGCUGACGGCACCAAUGGAGAUAUCGCGUGCGACUCCUACAACCGGUAUAAAGAGGAUGUUGAAGAAUUGGCCUAUCUUGGAGUAGAUUUUUACCGAUUCUCCUUCUCUUGGGCCCGUCUUUUACCAACUGGCCGCAUUGAUGAGAUUAAUCCCGAUGGAGUUCGUUAUUACCACGACCUUCUGGAUGCACUCGCUGAGAAAAAUAUUGAACCUUUGGUUACAUUAUUCCACUGGGACUUACCGCAAACUCUUCAAGAUCUAGGAGGUUGGGCGAAUCCUAAAAUGGUUGACUAUUUCUACGACUAUGCUGAUUUUUGCUUCCGUGAAUACGGUGACAAAAUUAAAUCGUGGAUCACUUUCAACGAACCUUAUGAAAUUUGUGAAGAUGCUUACGGAGAUGUGAAGAAAGCACCGGCUGUUGACAGUCACGGAGUUGGCAACUAUUUGUGCAGCGACAACCUUUUGAAAUCUCACGCUGAAGCGUACCAUUUAUAUAACGAAACUUACAGACCAAAGCAAGAUGGAAGAAUAAUGAUUUCGAUUAACUCUAUUUGGUAUGAACCUAGUGAUCCCAAUGAUCCUGAACAAGUCGCUUUGGCUGAAGUCGCCAAUCAGUUCAAGUUCGGUUGGUUUGCUCACCCAAUUUUCACAGAAGAAGGUGGAUAUCCAGCUGUGAUGGUGGAAAACGUUGCACAACAAAGUCAAGCGGAGGGUUUACGUAAAUCCCGUUUGGAGCAAUUCGACGACUAUUGGCUAAACCGCAUUAAGGGCACAUCAGACUUCCUUGGCAUUAACCAUUACACCACUCACUUAAUCACUGGUCCAGGAGUUGACCCAACCGCUAAAUCGCCCUCUUGGCUAAAGGACAUCGGUGCUGUUACUUCCUUGCAAGUAGGAGAGUCAACUGCAUCUGAAUGGUUCAGAGUUGUGCCUACAGGAUUCGCUAAUCUUCUGCGUUGGUGCAAGAGUACAUAUAACGAUCCUCCAAUUUACAUUACUGAGAAUGGUUAUUCUGAUCGUGGAACUUUGGAAGAUUACGGCCGUAUAAAAUAUUUUAAUGAUCACCUAAGUGAAAUUUUAAACGUGAUCAACGAUGACGGCGUGAAAGUGCUCGGCUAUACAGCUUGGACGCUUAUGGAUAACUUUGAAUGGAGAGCUGGAUUCUCAGAACGCUUUGGCUUUUACCACGUAGACAUCACUGACCCGAACAGACCACGCACUCCUAAAUUGUCAGUAGAAUAUUACAAGAAGCUCAUCGCUAACCGCGAAUUGCCUCAAGAUGAUCGUUUCAAGGAACCCUCGAUGAGGAGGCGGUACUAACUUUCCUGCAAUGGAGAAUAACACUUAUUGCUACAUUGUAUUAUAAAAGCACUGCCUACAGGAUAUUAAAUUUAUUUAUGAAAUA